CACCUGCUAUAAAUUCUUCUCUCCCUUCGCUCUCUCUCUCUCUCUCUCCACCAUUAUUCUCAGCUAACUUCAGCUUCGUCUCCCUCCCUUCCUUCCUCUCUCUCUCUCUCUCUGUAUGUAUGUACGUCCAACAAUGCAGUGUUAGAGCAGUUCACUUUCUGAUGGUGAAUUUAUGGGAAAAUUAUCCUCUGCGAUCUCCUUUUCCAUGCGCAUUCAGCAUUUCGCCAUAAAUGCUUCGCCUGUUUGACAAGAACCCGUCGCAAAAAGUGCCCAAUCUCUGUCAUUCCAAGAAUUCCUGCGUCCUCUCAUAAACCCAAUUCGAAAUCAAGCAAAAGGACAGUUCCUUGUCUUUGAGAAAGUCCCCAUAUCCUCUCUCUCUCUCUCUCUCUCUCUCUCUCUCUGCCCACUCAAAAAAGUUCCAAACUUUCUGCUGAAGAAGCUCCCGAUCCCGCCAUGGAAAUAACCACCGUUAAUUUCCACCAUCGGAAGUCCUUCAAGAGCGACCCGCGCCCUCUGAUGCUCAAGGACUACUUGCGGGACGACAUGAGCUCCUGCUCAUCCAACGGCUUCAAAUCCUUCCCCCGCCGACAGUGCUGCACCACCGUCCGAUUCCUCCUCGAGAUCGACCUCAAAGCGGCACCCUUGGCCCCCUCCAAACGACGCCCGCGGAAAACCAGCCCGCGCCCUCCGGCGACGGCCUCCGUCCUGCAGAGAGCCUCCGUCAAGGUCCUCAACGCCAUGAAGCUCCUCCAGCUUCACUCCGCCAAGUCCCCCUCGGGCGACGCGGCGAAGAAGACCAAAGCUCGCGGCCGCAGGGGGCUCUUGCCUCGGAGCCUCUCGCGGAAGCUGUGGAGCCGGAGCUUCUGGAGGAAACAGCCGAGCCGAGACGACCGCCUUGGCGAGGGGACCGGGCGGCGGACGUCUGUCGAGAAUCGGCCCCCGCCGCCGCCCGAUCUGAACGCCGCCUCCGCAGUGGCGCCUCACAGGUUCUCCACGAGCUCCAGCAGCAGCAACAACCGCCGGAACAGCAGCAGCUGGGACAGCAGCGAGUUCGCGGCCGAGCUGGCCCGUUCUCCGGGCGGCGACCCGGAGAGCCCCGGGCGGCCGAACGACGUCGUGUCGGAGGAUAAGGGCCCCGCACCGCGGGGACCACACGAUGAGAAGGUCAGCGAUAAAGUAGGCGCAACGCACGGCCAGGAUUCCAUCGCAGCGACCCCCACCUGCUCUAAGCAAGAAUGGCCUAAUGAGGAGAAGGAGCAGUUCAGUCCGGUGUCUGUCUUGGACUGUCCAUUCAACGAUGACGAGGACAUUGCUUCCCCUUUUGAAUGGAGCCCUUCACGUAUCGGAGGUGCCAAACACAAGCUCAGGCACAAGGCUCACCGGUGCGAGACGCUUUCUCGAUUGAAGCCAAUGCAGUUGGAGAGAAGGAUCGCUUUGUCGGAGCUCGAAGACGAGGUUCCAGUGCAGUACCCUAGCUUGGCCCCCAGUCCGAGUGUUCUUACUGAGGUUCAAGACGACGAAAGAAAGAUCGAAGAGAAGAUUCGAGAGUUGCUUGAUGUCGCUGCGGGAAUUGAUCCGUCUUUCACCUCGAAAGUGGACAUUCUCCUGUUGGACUUCUUCAGGGAGAGGCUGGAGGAGGAGAGCGCGAACAAGAUUGCGAUUGGAGGAUUGGAUGAGUUCGAGAGCGAACUGUUGAAGGUAGCCGAGGGUUGGAUCAAUCGGCAACCCCAAGAAGUGUUUUUAGGAUGGGAGGUUGAAGAUGGAAGGCAUGCUUACAUUAAGGAUAUGGAGAGGAGAGAGAGAUGGAGAAAUGUGGAUGAAGAAAAGAUGGAAGUUGCUUUGGGCUUGGAGGUUGAGGUUUGGGGAUCUUUGAUGGAUGAAGUCUUGCUAGAUAUCUUUACCUGAAGAUGUGGAAAUUAGAGAGAAUAAAUUAGGUUGAUUUUCCCCUUUUUUCUUCUUGGUUGGGAAGCAAUCAUGCUUCAUGAGGUAGAGACAAUUGAUGAGAGCAUUCACCAGUUCAAUUUUGAAGUCUUGAUUGAAAAGAGCUGAGACCUCUCUCUUCUUUGUCCUUUUUCCAUAGGAAUGAGUCCAAUUCUUGAUUGGUAGUAUUGCCCAUAAAAUCAGUCACUCCAUAAUGGAGGACCAUAUCUUGAGGAACCAACAUUGAUUGCAAAUGCUGGCAAAAGGGCCAAGAUGGGG